CACGGCGCCACCAAUGGAUUCCUUUCGAACCCACCUCCCUACCCCACCAUGCGUCCUCCUGGCCCCACUUGUCUGACUCUACCCCCUACCUCCCCCCAACCUCGUCUCAUCGCUGCCGCGCUAGCGCCCAAAUCUAAUCCCCUAAACCCUAGCGCCGCCGCCGCCAUGCUGCGCCGCCUCGCCGCCGUCGCCCCGCGGGCCUUCUCCUCCUUCUCCUCCUCCUCCUCCUCCCCGCACGCCCCGCCGCUGGCGGCGUCGGGCUACACCCCGCGCCGCGAGUACGGCCUGGUGCCCAUGGUGAUCGAGCACACCUCCCGCGGGGAGCGCGCCUACGACAUCUUCUCGCGCCUGCUCAAGGAGCGCAUCGUCUGCAUCCACGGCCCCAUCACCGACGACACGGCGUCCCUCGUCGUCGCCCAGCUGCUCUUCCUCGAGUCCGAGAACCCCGCCAAGCCCGUCCACCUCUACAUCAACUCCCCGGGGGGCGUCGUCACGGCGGGCCUCGCCAUCUACGACACCAUGCAGUACAUCCGCUCUCCCGUCACCACGCUCUGCAUCGGCCAGGCCGCCUCCAUGGCGUCGCUGCUCCUCGCCGCGGGGGCGAGCGGGGAGAGGCGGGCGCUGCCGAACGCGCGGGUCAUGAUCCACCAGCCCUCCGGUGGCGCGUCGGGGCAGGCCUCCGACAUCGCCAUCCACGCCAAGGAGAUCCUCAAGGUGCGCGACCGGCUCAACAAGAUCUACGCCAAGCACACGGGCCAGGCCAUCGACCGCAUCGAGCAGUGUAUGGAGAGGGACAUGUUCAUGGACCCGGAGGAGGCACAUGAUUGGGGGCUCAUCGACGAGGUCAUCGAGCACCGUCCUGUCUCUCUUGUGUCUGAUGCUGUUGGCAGCGAUUCGCCAAACCCCGGAACUGGGGUGAAUAAAGGGACAGAUGAGCCAUCCUCAGCGUGAUUGGGCAGUCACAAGGAUAUAUAUCUGAGCACCCAACUAUAUAUGUUCACCUCGACCAAAGACUUAUGCCGAAUGAUGUGGGGCUUGAUUCUGGUCCCUGCACUGGAGAUUUUAUGGUGUCAAAACAAUUUUCAUGACUCAAUAUAGUAUAAUCAAUGAGAUCCCCGAACACUGAUAGGAGAGCGCACCGAGCUAUGCUUAGUUUGGAGCACACAAUCUGAUUGUUCAACUUAUGUUUUAUCCGGCCAAGAACUUUGUAUCGUUUCAGAUGGAACACUCUUCACUGGAUUCUCUUGUUUUCUGGGGUUAAAACCACUUAUUUACGGUUGAUUA